CGGGACGAGGAGGGGGGAUGUGGAGGAAAGGAGAAAGAAGGAAAGAAAGCGGGUUGAGGAUGAUGAGAGUUCGCGCGCGCUUCCCUCCCCCAGCAGCAAGAGAAAGCGCGAGGUCGUCUGCUCGCUCACGGGGCUGAAGAGGGCGCGCGCAUUAGACUGUGUGUGUGAGUGAGAGGGAGACCGCCGCGAGGAGGGGGGAGAGAGAAGAGAGAUAAGUAGCUUGAUGGGGGAGCACGCGCUUGCGUGCUUUCGCUGGAACCCUGGACCUAGGGAGAGAGAGUGUGUGCGCGAGAGCGGGUGCGCGCACUGCCUAGCCUGAUCCUUUGGAGCUGCAGCUGCUUGUCUUGCAGGAGCGGAGCGGUUUGCCGGUUAGGUUUCUUGGGCGGCAGCAGCAGGGCUCAUUUGAUCAUUUUGAUGUGGGUGUCCAACCCCCACCCCACCCCGGCAAGGCACACAGCUUAAGCCCACUCCUCUGAAGAAGCUCUUUCUGCCAUUUUCUGUCUUUCACUCUCCCAUGCCUUGAGAUGAUCUAAGGAGGCUCUCCUGCACCUAAUUUUUGCAGAAGCUGGCUUUAAAGUCAAGAGCUUCCUGGGUGUAGCUUUUUAAGUUGACAGAAUCCUUGCUCAUUAGAGAAUAUGCAUUUAUGUGGCUGGAAAACUGCACUGCCAUCAGAGAAGAGUGAAUUUUGAAAGAAAGCUAUGUUUUGGUUCAUGUUGUGUUUUGAAAAAGAGUGAAUUAGGUAUGAAUGGAUAUUUGUUUAUCACUGGAAAUCUACUCUUCUAUUAAAUGAAAAGGGCAGCACAGAACUUCACAGUGGCAUAAGGGCUUCAAAAGUGUUCCACUUUAGAUCAAUAGAUGGCAGAUGUAUCCUAUGACUAAUGGAAUCUUUCUGCAGCAUUAGGUGAGAUGCCUGAAGCCAAGGUCACCACUUUGGUGCAAAGAUGUUGGGAGACCUGUUCAGUUGGCAUUGUUUGCUGCCCUCCCUUUGCAACAGAAACCUUCCUUUGUAAUGCUAACCAUUCACGACCGAGGAGCUGGAUAUAGCUAGACAGGUGCUGCCUUGGCUGCAUCUUCCAACAUGACCAAUCCCCAACCUCCUAUAGAAUGCGGGAUUUCAGAAGUCGAAAUAAUUUCGCAGCAAAUAGAAGACGAGACCAAAAACAUAGCACCUGUACAACUUGUUAACUUUGUUUAUCGGGAUUUACCACUAGCUGCACUAGAUCUGUCUGUAGCAGGGUCCCAACUCUUGUCAAAUUUGGAUGAGGAGUACCAAAGAGAAGGAUCUAACUGGCUUAAACCGUGCUGCGGGAGGCGAGCGGCUGUGUGGCAGGUAUUUUUGCUCAGUGCGAGCCUCAACAGUUUCCUGGUAGCCUGUGUAGUAUUGGUGGUGAUUCUUCUGACUCUGGAACUCCUAAUAGAUAUAAAGCUUCUCCAGUUUUCAAGUGCAUCACAGUUUGCUGGAGUUAUUCACUGGAUCAGUCUAGUUAUCCUCUCUGUGUUCUUUUCAGAGACUAUUGUGAGAAUUGUGGUUCUUGGCAUAUGGGACUACAUUGAAAAUAAAAUAGAGGUAUUUGAUGGUGCUGUGAUAAUCUUAUCCUUGGCUCCUAUGGUGGCGUCUACAGUGGCGAAUGGACCAAGCAGUCCAUGGGAUGCUAUCAGCCUUAUUAUCACUCUGAGAAUUUGGAGAGUCAAGAGAAUUAUUGAUGCCUAUGUAUUACCAGUUAAAGUGGAGAUGGAGAUGGUGAUUCAACAGUAUGAGAAGGCAAAGGUCAUUCAAGAUGAGCAGCUGGAAAGACUAACCCAAAUCUGCCAAGAGCAGGGAUUUGAAAUUAGGCAGCUGAGGGCUCACUUGGCUCAGCAAGAUCUGGACUUGGCUGCUGAGAGAGAAGCUGCACUGCAAGUCCCUCGCAUGCUGAACAAGAAGAGCAGUAACCGAUACAAAGUUGUGGCUGCUGAAGGGGAUUCCGAUGACGAGGCUGCUGAGAACAUAUCGGAAUUGCGGCAACCUCGGGAGGCCGUGGUCAAAGACGAUAUGAACAACUACAUCAGUCGGUAUUACAACGAGCCCAGUAGCGACAGUGGCGUUCCAGAAGGUGCUGUCUGUGUCAUUACGACUACGGCCAUUGACGUGCACCAGCCCAACAUCUCCUCGGACCUCUUCACGGUGGAAGUGCCGAUGAAGAUGAUGGGGAGUAAUGGGACUUCCACCAGCAUUGCAUCAGGCAGUGCCUCCAGGUCCACAGACAGCUCCGUCACCAGAGCCCAGAGUGUCAGCAGCCAGACCUUUGGUUCCUCCACAGACUGCAGUACGACCCGAGAGGAGUCCUCCGACUAUUGCCCCUUGGAGAGGGCUUGCCAUGUAGCCAAACGCGAUCAGGUAGAUUCUUCUUCUGCCCACAGCAGGGUCAACAAUGCCGUGGUGCAAGAACUGCUGUCCUCCUUGUCUGAAGAUUCCUGCUUGACACAAAAAGGACUGGAUCCGGUCAACCUUAAACUGCCAAGCCCAGCAGGGUCUACCAAAGCCAGCCCUGAACUGGAACAUCGUGUGAAUAUUUACAACAAAAAGAACCAAGAAAGCUUUGGUGUGUUUCAGAUAAAGCCGGUAAUCCACUUCCAGCAAAAUGCACCUGUGAUUCACAAGUAUACGCCUUUGGAAUCCAAAGAGCAAAAGUUGAACAGGGUCCCAGAUUCAUAGUCCUUUUGCUGCCAUGGGGGUUAAUACAAAUGAAGGAGAUUCUUCAUAAGGGAGACGUUCUAAAGCUUUAAAUGGGGCCCUCAGAAUCAUCCCUGGGUUGGGGAUUUUCCAUGAAUUGGAGUGAGUUUAACAUUCAUUUUUUAAAAAAUGCAUGAGUUAUGAGAGAGCCAGCAUGAACUAAUUGACGUUUCUACCAUCUGAAGUCCUUGGACUUCACCUCCAGUGAAGAUAUGGCGAUGGGGAACUGUUCUGUUAAAACAAUGACCUCACAGUUGUAUAGAUUCUUAAUUUUUUUUUUUUUUACAAAAAAAAAGACAUACACAAAUCCCACAAUUUUUAUGGAACUCUGGACAAUCUUCUAUCAGAUCAGGUUUCAGCAGGGUACGAUACAAGCGGAUGUAAACUUCUCUCCUACAAUUUCUUACAAUCUCCCUUUGCACAUGACAGCUACAAACCCCUUUGUACAAAUAUGGCAAAUAUAUUUUGUUCUUCCUGAGGAGGGAAAAAAACAUUUUUCAAGGAGCACUUUGAAUGAUGCAGAUCAAAGAAAUUUUAAAAGUGAUCUUUUUAUUUUUAGCAUGAACUUUGGGGAAAAAAUAUUUUGACAAAAUUAAAAGUUGUUGCCUCCAAGACAACAGAGUAAAAAUGGACAUUUUACAAAUACGAUUUUAAUUAAAAAGAAU